UCCAGCCGAGCACCAGCGGGCGCGGGCAGGGCCGCGGGUGCAGGGAGUCGCGCCUCGCGGCCGGGGCCUCCUCCGAGCUCCGGGCCCCCUCGCUCGCCAUGUCGUCGGUGUUCGGGAAGCCCCGCGCGGGCGGCGGGCCGCAUAGUGCUCCCCUUGACAUCAACCUGGCCGUCCUGGGGCGCCGCGGGGCGGGCAAGUCCGCGCUGACUGUGAAGUUUCUGACCAGGAGGUUUAUCAGUGAAUACGACCCCAACUUGGAGGACACCUACAGCUCGGAGGAGACUGUGGACCACCAGCCUGUCCACCUGAGAGUCAUGGACACCGCAGACCCGGACGUCCCCCGGAACUGUGAGCGCUACCUGAACUGGGCACACGCCUUCCUGGUGGUAUACAGCGUGGACAGCCGCCAGAGCUUCGAGAGCAGCAGCAGCUACCUGGAGCUCCUGGCCCUGCACGCCAGGGAGACACAGCGCAGCUGCCCGGCCCUGCUCCUGGGCAACAAGCUGGACAUGGCGCAGUACAGGCAGGUGACCGAGGCAGAGGGCGCGGCGCUGGCAGCCAGGUUCGGCUGCCUGUUCUUCGAGGUGUCCGCCUGCCUGGACCACGAGCACGUGCAGCACGUCUUCCACGAGGCGGUGCGGGAGGCCCGGCGGGAGCUGGAGAAGAGGCCCCCAGCCCGGCCCCUCUUCGCCUUCGAGGAGCGGGCCCCGGCCCAUCAGACCCCACUGGCCGCCGGCCACAGCCUGGCCAGCUGCACCUUCAACACGCUCUCGACCGUCAGCCUGAAGGAGAUGCCGGCCGUGGCGCAGGCCAAGCUGGUCACCGUGAAGUCCUCUCGGGCCCAGAGCAAGCGCAAGGCGCCCACGCUGACUCUGCUGAAGGGCUUCAAGAUCUUCUGAGGGUCCCUCCUUGGGACCCCCACAGUGAGCGCGGGAGGGCGGUGGGGCCGUGUUUCUGCUGCAGCACCAGCCCGUGCUCCUUCCCCAGCACCACUGCGGGCCCAACCCCAGCCCCUGAGUGCGUGCGCGCGUGCGUGCGUGCGUGCGUGCGUGUGUGUGUGUGUGUGUGUGUGUGUUUCCAUGGCAACCGUGACAGUGCAGCCUUCCGGGCUCAGUCUCAAGGUGGAGGCUGGGACAGUGGCUGUCAUGGUGCCAUCACCCCUUCCUGCCGUGCGCCAGGGCAGAUGGGGGCCCUGGCGGACGCUCUGAGGACUCCCCCAGAGUGACAGGGCCGAGAAGCGGCCACACAAAGGCCUGACAACCACUUGGUGAGCACGUGCAGCCCAGCUCACCCCCCAGUGGAUCCCAGUUAAAUCUGAACGACGGGCUCAGCGGGGUGGAGACACACUGGGGUUGUGUGAGGCCCCGAGGCCGUCUGGGCACAGCAUCAACCCUGAGCAAGCCUGAGGGGGACCCUGUGGCCUCCUGUUGCAUGGCCAGGCCUGCCGCAGGCCCCGACGAAAACAGUGUUUAGAAUGACCCUGUGGGGCAGAAGCGCAGGCCCCAGGAGGGCCGGAUCCCAGUUCAUCGCCCCAGGAGGAGCCUCGGGGUUUCCACCAGGAGGCAGCUGUUGUCCUGUUUGCCCGCUUGUGGCCUCCGGCCGCGUCUUAGCGCCAGCCUCCUCGAGUUUCAUGAUCGAGCUGCACAGCCAAAUUUUCUUCGGUGACAAUUGUUCCGGGCCACGGCAGGCAGUGGGACACACGCCCUGGUACAAGCGGCAGUAAACACCGGAUUGCAGCCUGCGGGUCUGCAGAUCCCAAGCUAAAGCAUUUUCAGUUCCUCAAACAUAUUCCGGCAUAAUUUAUUUGGGGUUGUCCCACGAUACUAUGGCUCAGAUGCAAGAUCAGCACCCUCCCUGGGGGUCCCGGGAUGAGCCGGAAAAGCAUCUCAGAGGCAUAGUUUCCCUACCAUGGGGUCUCUAGUCCAAAGCAGGUCUUUCUGGGGCCGGCGGGAGAGUACAGCAGAGAGUUUGCUUUGAACGUGGCUGACCUGGGUUCAGUGCUGGUUCCUGUGUGGUUCCCUAAGCCCUGUUAGCAGUGAUGCCAGAUGUGGCCCCCAAAACAAACAAAAGAAACCCCCAAAACUAAAAAUCAAAAUAAGUCUUUCCCGGAUCCUUAGCAGAUAAGUGGAUAAAGAAGGGGAGCUGGAGGGCCAAAGCGAAAGUCCAGUGAGCAGGGUGUAUGUGACCCAUAUGGUCCCCCCAAGCCUGCCAGGACUGGUCCUGGAGCACAGAACCAGGAGGAAUCCCUGAGCACAGCCAGAUGUAACCCCCACACAAGAAAAAAAUAGUAAGGAAAUCUCUUGGGGAAGAAGGGACAGGACAGGAACUGCUUUGGACCCUGUUAGCAGUUCUAGGAGUUUGGGUUGAAAACAUCAGCUUGGGCAAGUUCUUCACAGCAAGAGACCAGAUCUGAUCCCGACACAGGCCUCGUGGGACAAAUGAAACGAAACAAGAAGACAACAGCUCUAAGCCAGUUUUCGUCCCAUUCUAUGGAUGGAAACACUGAGGUCAGAGGGAGCCUGUGGGCUCCAGGGGUCAUCCUGGCCAGGCGGUCUGAGCCACAGGGGAGCUGUGGAAUUUGCGCUUUUGCUCCAACUCACUUGUGUGUAGACCAUCUGCAUGGGGACAAACUGUGCCAGUCCAAUUGCCCACUGUCAGAAGCAUUUUAUUAAAAAGGAUGUUUUCUUUUUUUUUCAUAA